UCAGAGGCGGCGGGUUCUCCACCGACGCCAUGUACCGGCUCCUGUCAGCCAGGACGGCGCGGGCCGCGACCCCCGGGGGCCGGGCCUGGAGCUUCGGGCGGCGCCGGGCCCACCAGCGCGCCGGGCUGCCUCCGCUGGGCCCCGGCUGGGCUGGGGGCCUGGGGCUGGGGCUGGGGCUGGCGCUAGGGGUGAAGCUGGCGGGUGGGCUGAGGGGGGCGGCCCCCGCGCAGCCCGCCGCGGCCCCCGACCCCGACGCGUCUCCUCAGGCCGAGCCUCCGCAGGAGCAGUCCGUCGCCCCCUGGCCUCCGCAGACCCCGGCGCCGCCCCCUUCCAGGUGCUUCGCCAGAGCCAUCGAGAGCAGCCGCGACCUGCUGCACAGGAUCAAGGACGAGGUGGGCGCACCAGGCAUAGUGGUUGGAGUUUCUGUGGAUGGCAAAGAAGUCUGGUCAGAAGGUUUAGGUUAUGCUGAUGUUGAGAACCGUGUGCCAUGUAAGCCAGAGACGGUUAUGAGAAUUGCCAGUAUCAGCAAAAGCCUCACCAUGGUUGCUCUUGCCAAAUUGUGGGAAGCAGGGAAACUGGAUCUUGAUAUUCCAGUGCAACAUUAUGUUCCUGAAUUCCCAGAAAAAGAAUAUGAAGGUGAAAAGGUUUCUGUCACAACAAGAUUACUGAUUUCCCAUUUAAGUGGAAUUCGUCAUUAUGAAAAGGACAUGAAAAAGGUGAAAGAAGAGAAAGCUUACAAAGCCUUGAAGAUGAUGAAAGGGACGAUGGUAUCUGACCACGAGAGAGAACUGAAAGAAAAAGGAGGCAAAAAUAACGACAAGAAUGACUUUGCUAAACCUAAGACAGAGCAGGAUCCUGAAGCCAAAGGCCGGAAUUCAAAACCUGGCAAAAAGAAGAAUGAUUUUGAACAAGGCGAAUUAUAUUUGAAAGAAAAAUUUGAAAAUUCUAUUGAAUCCCUAAGAUUAUUCAAAAAUGAUCCUUUGUUCUUUAAACCUGGUAGUCAGUUUUUAUAUUCAACUUUUGGCUACACCCUACUGGCAGCCAUAGUAGAAAGAGCUUCAGGAUAUAAAUAUUUGGACUACAUGCAGAAAAUAUUCCAAGACUUGGAUAUGCUGACAACUGUUCAGGAAGAAAACGAGCCAGUGAUUUACAAUAGAGCAAGAUUUUAUGUUUACAAUAAAAAGAGACGUCUUGUCAACACACCUUACGUGGAUAAUUCCUAUAAGUGGGCUGGUGGUGGAUUUCUGUCUACAGUGGGUGACCUUCUGAAAUUUGGGAAUGCGAUGCUGUAUGGCUACCAAGUCGGGCUGUUUAAGAACUCAAAUGAAAACCUUUUACCUGGCUAUCUCAAACCUGAAACAAUGGUUAUGAUGUGGACACCAGUCCCUAACACGGAGAUGUCUUGGGAUAAAGAGGGUAAAUAUGCAAUGGCGUGGGGUGUUGUGGAAAAGAAGCAGACAUAUGGUUCGUGUAGGAAGCAGCGGCACUACGCCUCACACACGGGGGGCGCGGUGGGUGCCAGCAGCGUCUUGCUGGUCCUUCCUGAAGAACUGGAUACAGAGGCUAUCGACAACAAGGUCCCCCCAAGGGGGAUCGUUGUCUCUAUCAUAUGUAACAUGCAAUCUGUUGGUCUCAACAGCACUGCUUUAAAGAUUGCCCUGGAAUUUGAUAAAGACCGAGCAGACUGAGAACAAUAUUAUACAUGAAAAAAAUGAGCUAUCUGGGGCUCUGUUUGAAACGUGAAAGUUCUAAACUACAUGAGGUUUUUAAGAAUGAAUUUGUAACAGAGUAUAUAAGUGAAUGCACAGAAUUAUGUACCUCUAAUUGCUUACUUUUGUAACUGUCCUUUUAUUGUAGAAUUAAUUCUUUACACUCAGGGAAGUAACUAUUGGUUUUUAACUUCUGGAAAAUGGUGUUAACUCUUGAAAUAAAAUAUUCUGGUAAAAAUA